ACAAAUUCCGGGUUAGCUUCCGGGGCACCUGAGGAAAAUUGCAAGUGGGCAAAGACUUGUUCGUGAUCGUCAUCAAAAUCUUAGAAUUUCAACUAAUUGUCUUGACUUACGGUUGUCCAAGUAGGUCUAACGAAUUUAUAUGAGUAUGCAGAAUAUGAUAAAUAGCGUGAAAGGCAUGGGCCUUGGGGUGGCUGAAUUUUUGACACCUAUUUUAAAGGAGUCAAAGUUCAAAGAGACGGGAGUCUUGACACCUGACGAGUUUGUUGCUGCUGGAGAUCAUCUAGUUCACAGCUGUCCGACAUGGAGUUGGAGUGCAGGAGAGCCCAGCAAAAAGAAGUCUUAUCUCCCAGAUGAAAAACAGUUUCUUCUCACUAAGAAUGUUCCAUGCUAUAAGAGAUGUAAGCAGAUGGAAUACCAGGACGAGAAUGAAGCCAUCAUCGAAGAGAAUGAUGAAGAUGGAGGAUGGGUUGAUACACAUCAUAAUGCAGAUUUGACAGGUUCCCAAGGGAUUGAGAAGUCCAGUGAGAUGACGCUUGAACCUAAGACAGAGCCAAAGGUUGAUGGAGAUGAUGAUGAUGAUGACGAGGACGAUGAGGAAGAAGCAGAAGAUAUGGAAGCUUUUGAGGAAAGUGGAAUGCUAGAAGCUGAAGACAAUGCAACGUUGGAUACGAGUAACCUACCAGGUACAGGAGCGUCUGAGAGCGCAGGGGCUAGUGGAGAGAGCGGAAUACUACAAACCAGAACGUAUGAUCUUAACAUCACAUAUGACAAGUACUACCAGACACCUAGGCUAUGGUUAUUUGGCUAUGAUGAGCAUCGAAAACCUUUGACUGUAGAACAGAUGUAUGAAGAUAUUAGCCAGGAUCAUGUGAAGAAAACUGUAACUGUAGAAUCUCACCCCAACCUUCCACAGACCAUGUGCUCUGUACAUCCAUGCAGACAUGCAGACGUCAUGAAGAAGAUCAUUCACACUGUGCAAGAUGGUGGAGGAGAGCUAGGAGUACAUCUUUAUCUGUUAAUUUUCCUGAAGUUUGUUCAAGCCGUGAUUCCAACGAUAGAAUACGACUACACCAGGCACUUCACCAUGAAUACGCAUUCAACAUGGUGAAUGUCGUCAGUAACCAUGGCGAUGAGCAAUAGGCAGCAGGUCCAAGCUUUCACGGCUUCUUGUCUCUAUAUAAUCAUGCAAUAUCUAAGUGUCAUAGCGAUGUGUACACAGAGCAAUGGAAGCUAGCUCACAAUUCAUUGUCACUUAAAGGGAUAGUUGAGUUCUGUUGCAGAGGGCACUACACAAAAUAAUUUUUUUGUGAGAUAAUAAAAAACUGAGUGUCAAAUUUGAAAA